UACAAAUUAAAAAUACUAAAUUACAAUUUUCAUUGUGCUUACUGCUUUGAGCUUUCUGCGUACUAUUUACUGACUGUAUUAAUUAUUAUUUAACGGUAUGGUUUCUGAAGGCUUGCGAUCAUGUGAAUUGUAAAUUAUGUACUCUAGUAAGCGUCUCAUCCUCGUUAAUAAUUAUAAAAUCUGACGCCGCCGGUCGAUCGUCAAAUGCACGGGAAUCGUUGGCCAAACAAAUUGUUUCCCUGAUCGUUUAGAAGUUUUAACUGUCACUUUAAACAAUAACCAUCAUUAUGAACGGUCAAGACAUGGUAGUCUAYGAACACGAAAUGAAAAACUAUGAGAUGAUGUUGACAGAGUUCUAUGAUGCAAAUUCCAGUAAUGCCGUAAAACUGUGUAUGCAAGAAGAAUUUGACAAAUUUGGCGAGCGAGACAAAUGUUGGGUGCAGUGUUGUUACAACCUGGAGAACAGUAAAAACCAAUAUUUGUUAAUGUUCAGUCUGAACAUUAUGGAGAUGAUUAUCAAUAAGAAAUGGGAAAAAAUGACUUUCAAAUCACAAGAAACAUUGAGGGAAGCAAUUUUUAACCAUAUUGUGAUGAAACACAAUGAAUAUCCUAAAUACAUGAUCAGCAAAAUGAUCAAGUUAUUAGUCGAUAUAGCACGUAAUGAUUGGCCUUUGCGUUAUCCUAAUUUCAUUGAUCAUAUUACACAAUUACUCGUUAAUCCUGAACAAGUACUUUUGGGUUUAUCAUUUUUACUUUUGUCAUCCGAAGAAUUUAUUAGCCCCAAAGAAGAUCUUUUAGGCAAAAGAAAACAUGAACUGAAAGUAAAUUUUUUGAAGCACAUUCCUAAAUUGUUUGAAAUACUUUCAGAUAUUUUAAAAAAUGCCCAUAAAACUUCAAAUUCAGAUGAAAUAUAUGAAGCAGUAACAAAAGUAUUUUCUGAUAUGUUUACGUGGCUUCCAUUUGAAAAGCACCUGACUCCUGAUUUGUUACAUGUCUUGAUGCCCUUAGGAAAAAAAGAGAAUGCUACAUCCAUUAACACUUUGACUAUAUUCAAUGAAGUUCUUAGUAAAUCAUAUACUCAAACAGAAGAUAGAUAUUUCAUUUUGUCUGAAUUAUGUCUUUAUACAUUCCGUUUAGUUGAAAAUAUUAUUGCUGUUCCUGAAAUUGGUUUUGUGAGUGAAGCUUAUAUGAUUAUAAUCAUUGAAAUGCUAUCUGUAGUCAUUAGAAAAUAUUGGAACUAUCUUGAUAAUCAUUUUAGUAAUGGUGAAUUCUUAGAAUUACUGUUGCAAUUUACAUUCCGGCAAAAUGGUUUAGAUUGUUAUUAUCAAUGUUUGGAUAUUUGGUGUAGUAUUUUUGAAGCAUUGUCUGAUCGUCCUGGAUGUGUUGAAAAGUAUCGUCACUUAUUUUUAGAUCUUGUUGAAAGAGUUACACAAAAAAUUAAUACUUUUGGCAGUUUAAAUGAUGAAAUAUAUGAUGAUGAUCUAAAAGCAAAAUUGGUCAUGCUGAAUGCAUAUUGUUCAAUUUUCCCUAUUCGUUCUGCUGAGUGUUCUAAUACUUCAGUAGCUUUCACUGUAUCAUCCAAUGAUUCUCCUAUGAUGUUAAGAUCAUCUGCAAAACCUAGCACUUUUAUAUGRUAUUCAUCCACGCUUAUUCCUCUUGCUUCGUUUURCAAAACUCGUACUGCCUUUUCUAGGGCUAUGUUGAAUAAUAAUGGGGAUAGUGCGUCCCCCUGUUUUAGUCYCGUUUCAACAUUAAACGCUUCUGACGUAGUACUUUCUACUCUGACUUGUCAGAGCGAAAUCCUCACGGCUUUGUCAAGAUGGAUGCAUUUAUUAAAUAACAAUAAACAAUUUUGUAUGGAACAGAAUCGAGAAAAACUUUUUUCUGUUUUGGUUACAUCUUUACAAGACACAAGUCAACCUACUCAGAUACAUGAUGCUUGUGGAGUGUUACUACCAACGGUCACUGAGCCUAUGCUUGUGCAUAUUAGCGAGUACACAUCAUUGCUUGAACAAUUAUUAUCACCAUUUUUAGAUGGUUCAAUUACACUUAAUCAUUUAAAUAAGAAGACUCGCUUGUCAGUGAAAGUAACAUCUUUGAAGUUUCUUUUGACUUGUCCCAGUCAAGAAGAAGAAAUAAAAGUAUUAGUUCUCAUGAAUUAUUUAAAGUCAUUAGCACCAUCUGGAUUAAAUGAUUUGAAAAUGUUAACUGAUGUUCUUGUCAGCAGUGGUCCAUACAAAAUGUCUACUAGAAGAAUUAUUUAUCGUGCUGUUGAACCAUGUUUGAUUGAAGCAGUUACACACUUAAAAAAUGAUAUGCAAUCAGAGUCCUCACUCAAUCCACAAAUGGAAAAAUGUGAACGAGUGAUUACAUUUUUGUCAGAAAUGUAUGAAUUGUUGCAUGAUACUAUGUCACCUCAGUUUGUACAAAUUCUUAUGCAAACAUUUGUUGACUUAGACAUGAUAUGGUGUGCUAGUACAAUGUUGACCAUCAAAAUGCUUGAAGUUCUAUCAUUAAUUGUUAAACAUUCCUCCAAAUCAAAUAAAGAGUUUACAUCUGUAGUAAUUAAAUUAGGAUUAGAGAAAUUAAUUCCUUUGGUAGCUUCUAACUGCUAUCCACCAACAGUGCCUGCACUUUAUAAUUUGCUCUUUUGUGUUUUGAUGUAUAAAUGGAGAUAUUUUUUUCCUGCUUCUCCAAAUCUUACUGUGCUGCAUCCUACCAAUGAUAAUAACAUCGAUAAUUCUGAACAGUUCACUACAAUAUUGGAAGUAAUAGGAUACUCAUUUAUGACAAAUGAUAUAAGUAUUUUUUCACAAAACUUAAAAGCCAUUGAAGAAUUACACUUACAAUGGAAUUUAUAUGCGAAGGAAUAUUUCAAACAUUAUUUUCUCAGUAAAUACAUGACUGUACUAUUGAAUGUUAUGGUCAACAAAACCCACACAAUCCUAUCAGACGAAAUAUCAAUGGCUAUUUACAACAUGGCUAGUGUUGACUUUGAUUAUUUCUUUUCUAAAUUCUUGCCUGAUUACUUGAAACAAACAGACAAUAUACGUAAUGAUCAGCGACAAUUUUUGAGGCAAAAACGCAUGCAGCCAGUCAAGGAACUACCAACAUUUAUGGUUAAUCUCGCCCAGUUAACAAAUGACAUAAGAUGUUCAAAACAAAUWUAAACAACCUCAAAAGGUAAAAUGACUGAUUUUUUUACUUUGUCUAUGUACUUCAUCCUUGAGUAAAAAUUAAUUUUUGGUCUUAAGGUUAUUGUAAUA